CGCUCUACUGUGCGCGCGAGCGAGAGGCGAGAGGCACGCGCUGCGGGGUUCAGACCCACUUUCGCUUGUCCGGUGCUCUUGAGUCAAGCACGAAAUAAAUCGUGAGGGAAAAAAUCGGAUUAUCGGUGAGACCGGAUGAAGUGCGUCACACACAGAGAGAAAACAGCGGCGGCGGGAAAGCAACAUGCGGAGCAGUGACACGCAAAAACACCGAGAACCGGGAGUGUAGAGGAACUCUGAUCCCUAACACACACACACACACACACACACACACACACACACACACACUUCACCGUGGGGAAGAGGUUCCUGGAGGUUUCCCGAGCGUACCAAGAGGACAAUCGAUGGAGCAGGGCUUUCAUGCAACACAACAAAGUAAAGUUAUGCAGAUGUGAAGAAGUAUUCCACAAAGGGAGUUUUAAGACCUUGACUUCCUUUCCGUUCACGCGAUGAACUUGUGAACCCGAGACAAAAUGGCAAAGCCCUUUUACAGACUCCAGCGCUUCUUGAGGCGGACUCAGCUGCUUUUUCUUUUCCUGGGCGUGGCUUACAUCAUGGCCGGAAGUGUUCUAUUGCUGCAGAGAUCAGGAUCGGUGAUUUCUCAGAGAGAUAGCUUGCUCCCUCCACCCUCGCUGCCUUCACCUCCACGAGCACUCGAGGCUCCAGCUUUUAGGACGGGGUACGGUGUGAUGGCUUCACGGUUGGGUAGAAAAGCGUAUCCGGUUGCUCAGACGAGCAACGGGAGAGAAGCACAAUGGCUGGUGUCACGUAACCAAGAGAUCAGGCAUCUUCGGCGACGCUGGUUCCAUAGCCUGAUGUCCGAGCAGGACACGAGCAGGGUUGAGAGAGUUACUCCAAAAAGGAAAGUCAGACACAAGGGAACCUACAUUGGAUGUUUUACGGAUGAUGCCAAGGACCGAACCCUGAAGGGCAUGGUGUUCUACGACUUCCGCAAAAUGACCAGCACUCUAUGCCAAGACACCUGCACAGAGAGUGGGUACCAGUACGCUGGGCUGGAGUACGGGUCCGAGUGUUACUGUGGCAACCGCAUCUCCGGUGCUCGGAUGAAGGAGGAAGAGUGUAAUCUGGACUGUAAAGGAGAGAAGGGGGCGGUGUGUGGGGGCGUGGCCCGGCUCUCUGUCUACAAAGUGGAGGAGGUUCUUCCCGGGCAGAGGAGAUACAGGAAUGUACGCUAUCGUGGCUGCUUCAGAAGACCCGACAACACGAGCGCAGCGUCACUGAUCCGCACGGUUGAGCCUAACCUCACGUCCCAGACGUGUGUCGAGGCCUGCAUGGACAAGGAGUUUCCUUUAGCCAUGUUGAGCACCGCGGAGUGUUUCUGUGGCUACGCUACUCCGUCGUUCUCCCUCCACGAUCCGGUGAUGGAGGAACGCUGCGCUCAGAUCAACAGCAGCUUGACGACUGAAAGUCCACAGCCGUACUUCCUGCAGGUCUAUCAGACGCCCGUGCAGGACUCCAGAUGUACGGAGAGAAGGUUCCUGCUGGAGAAAUCCAGCCGGUUGGUCGCUCUGUCCAGUUUUCCUGGAGCAGGUAACACCUGGGUGAGACACCUGAUCGAGCUCGCUACUGGAUAUUACACAGGCAGCUACUACUUCGAUGGCACACUUUAUAACAGAGGCUUCAAGGGUGAGAAGGAUUACUGGAAAAGUGGACGCACCAUCUGCGUGAAGACGCACGAGAGCGGCAAGCGUGACAUAGAGAUGUACGACUCGGCCAUCUUGCUGAUCAGAAACCCGUACCGCUCUCUCAUGGCCGAGUUUAACCGCAAAUGUGCAGGGCAUCUCGGCUAUGCCUCGGACCAGCACUGGAAGAGCAAGGAAUGGCCCGAGUUUGUGGGCAGUUACGCGUCCUGGUGGGCGUCUCAUGUUCUGGACUGGCUCCGAUUUGGCCGGAAGCUGCUGGUGCUUCAUUAUGAAGAUCUGCAGGAGUCGUUGGUGCCCAGGCUCCGCUCGGUGAUUGCUUUCCUCAACAUCAGCACUAGCGAGGAACGCCUGCUCUGCGCCGAAACCAACAAGGACGGCCAUUUCAAACGCUCCGGUGUUCGCCGGCCCACCUUCGACCCCUUCACCCCGGACAUGAGGCAACUGAUAGACAGUUAUAUUAAGGUCGUGGAUCAGGCGCUCAGAGACAGCAACCACAGCAGCCUGCCUCAGGAGUACAUGCCGAGAUGAUGAGGGUUUUAACUGUCGCUGUGUUUAGUUUUCCUUCCAAAUUUCUAUUUAAGGGCUUUAUUCCAGAGAAAUGUUGCUUCUGUUCUUGGAGCUUCGUCAAGAUUUGACGUUUCUGUUCCAGUUUAAAGCUUUGGCGCUCAGCAGAACUCCAUUAUGCUAAAUGUUCCGGUGAAGAUUCAUUAAAGUUUCAGUCUCAUGAGAUCCUGGUUAACGUUACAUGAGAAAAACUUUGAAUAUUUGACCAAGUGGAAACUGAUGUCUAUAAUGUGUAUAUUUUCUAAAAUUGGAUUUAAUAAACUUUGCUUAGUCUCCA